CCUCAAAUUACCCGAAACUGGAGCGCGUUCCCCCUCCUCCGACAAUUCAACUUCCCAGAAUGCGACAGACCAGGUAGGUCGACGAGCUGCUAUUGCCAACAACGGCUAUAUUGUUUCUUUUCUUUUCGAGCGCAGCUUGAUUUCUCGACACUUGUUCCUCCGCCUAAGUUGCACGACCCCUCACCAACCAUCCCCCGCUAAGGACGGACCCCUCCACCAAGAUGGCGCCCAACGACGCUGUCAACUUCGAUAUCAUCGAGGACCAUAAAGAAAAUAUCCAGGCCCUCCCGAGCGGCCGGUCAGCCAAGAAGCUGGCCGAAUUAUUCUCCCAGUCGCCGCUUCAACCCCAGUUGACCCCGUCACCUUUGGACACCAAGGAUGUGAACGACAGCAUCCGUGCCGAGUUUGAGGAAGAGCUGGCACAGAUUUCCGAGUCAGACGACCCUCUCGAUAUCUACGAUCGCUAUGUGCGCUGGACAUUCGACGCGUAUCCCACGGCCCAGGCCACCCCGCAGUCCCAGCUACACACGCUUCUCGAGCGCGCAACCAAGGCGUUUGUGAGCUCGGCCCAAUACAAAAACGACCCCCGCUAUGUCAAGAUGUGGCUACACUACAUCACCUUCUUCUCAGAUGCACCACGGGAGGCGUUCGUCUUCCUCUCACGGCACUCGAUCGGUGAAACGCUCGCGCUAUUCUACGAGGAGUAUGCCGCUUGGCUCGAGGGUGCCGGCAGGUGGGCGCAGGCGGAGGAGGUCUACAAGCUGGGCAUCGAGCGGGAGGCCCGGCCCGCAGCGCGGCUGUUGCGCAAAUUUGGCGAGUUUGAGCAACGGAGAGAGCAGCAGGCAGAGGCAGAUGAUGGCCCAUCAUCCCCUGCGCUACCAGCGGCUCGGCUAGCACUUGCCGCAAAGGUUGACCCAUUCGCCGCCGCUGCCCCCGCCGCUCAUGAUCCGCAGGCGCCACGACAGCCCGGUGGACUCGGAGGACCGUCGUCAAAACCCGCGCGUUCGAAGCUGGCUAUCUUCUCCGAUGCGGACGCCGAACCUGUGGCGCCAGCCAUGUCAUCACGUGGCGCAGGAUCUAAGGGAUGGGAUAACAUCGGGUCUCUGUCUGACCGCAAAAAGGAGAACGUGAUGGAACCUAAACCAUGGGCUGGGGAAACAUUGAAGGCCGGAGGCAAGAAGAGCGGCGCAAAGAUGGCUGUUUUCAGGGAUGCGGUAAGCCCAAGCCCCGUCUUCCUGCCACAACCAGGUGUUGAUCAUUAUAGGACUAAUGCGUGGCGGUCUGGCGUAAUAUGUAUCCAGUCUCUGUCUAAACAGCUUUCGCAAUCACACAUCCCAAUCCAUCAUAACAAGGUCCAGGUCACGGUGAAUCCUGCCAACGGGAAAAGGGAACGCGUGUUUGUCGAUUUGCGGGCGAUUUAUCCGACUCCUGAUGAACCUGGUACUGAACUUAGCUUUGAGGAGGUCUGGGCUGCGAAUAAGGGAUGGCUCGGUCAUGAAUGGGAAGACGAAGAGCUGCCUUCCUUUGCGGAUGAGAACUCCAUGGGAGAGGUGAAUGCUUUGGCGGAUCGCGUUUCGCAGAAGCUGACAAUCCACCGUGACGUCUUGCGGCUCGACGAGAACGGUGCCCCUAUCUACCCAAAGCAGGCAAAGCCACGGAAGAAAAAGGUGGUCGAGGUCAAUGAAACACAAAUCAUCAAAGCAAAGUUGGACUCGCCUUCUGGGCCGAAGAUCAAAAAGAAGAGGCGGUCCACCGCCGAACCAACCAUGACACUGCACACCAAAGCAGCCACUGACGACAUUUAUGAUAUCUUUAACGCACCGCUCAAGCCAGCUGGCCAUGAAAUAGGCGACAGCGAUGAUGAGGGUGGUUACGAAUCUGAUGACUACACAAGCGGCGCCGAGAGCACGGUGACCACGACCAACAUCCCACCAAGCGAAGCAGGCGACGAGGAAGAGGAGGCCGGGGAGGAAGAUGAGGACGAAGCCUCGGAUGCGAAGAGCGUGGCCAGCGAAUGGUCAGAAUUCUCAAUGCACAAGCACAUCCCUGACCUCGAGCGAGAGGCCGAGGAGAGGGACGAGACCCAGGUUUCUGAUCUGAUCGACAUGGGCCAGGAGGCUUCGGCAAGGAGCGGCCGGGAAGAUGACGAGGACGACGAUGACUUGGAACCUCCUAGAACGAGGACCAUGUUUGUGCCGAUACCUCCGGAAGACUAUGUCCCCUCACGACGGCCGUAUAGGGACCCCGUCGAGGCGGCUAAUAACCGCCUUCCCUUUAUGACACCGAUCACGGAGAGGACCGAGACUUCGCUGGAUAUAACAACCGGAUUUGGCAAGACGCCGUCAAGGAGGCGUGCUGAGGAUCUGCUAGAGGAAGACGAGCUUGAGGACGAGGAAGAAAACCUCGAUCUGGAGCCGCUGAGCAGUCCUCUACGAGAGGUGAUAGAGGAGGAAAUCCCGAAGGGGAGAGUCCCUCAGCCCCUUCUCCCGAAAGUGAAGCCAGCCUCGGCCGGCACGCCCUUUGCGCCAAAAGCACUUAUCCCCAAGGGUCCCAUUAUCAAGGAGACCCAGUGCAACCCCGUUGAUGAGAGUGUACGGGCAGAAAUUCUGGCGAACAUCCACCCCCCGCUCAGCUCGUAUGGUGGGUUUUACGACCACAGGGGUGAGAAGUAUGAGAGAGGGUCUGAGAUUCGGAAGUUUGCCAAGGCCGCGGGCAAAGGAAGCAGGACCAGCACAGACAAGACGGGCAACCUAGGCACCGCCGUCGUUCUUGAGUUUCCCGGGAUAAAGUCACAGUACACCAUCCGGAAGGAGCUUGGUGCCGGUGCCUUCGCGCCAGUGUACCUGGUCGAAAACUCUUGUCCAGAUGGCAGCUCACCCAAUAGUGAAAAUCAAAACGACGAGAACGGUCCGGUUGCCGUGAUGGGCCGCGGCAGCUUCGCCAGCACACACAACCGGCGCCACGAGCGUGAGGCCCUCAAGAUGGAGGAUCCGCCAACACCCUGGGAGUUCUACAUGAUGCGCCUCGCGCACUCUCGUCUCGGCCCGCAGCACCGCGCAACUGCCUCCAUCUCACCCGCCCUCGAAAUGCACCUCUACCAAGACGAGGGCUUUCUCUUCCUUCCCUUCCACCCACACGGUACCCUACUCGACGUAGUCAACCUCUUCCGCGGCGAAGCCUCAGGCGUCAUGGACGAGCAGCUGGCCAUGUUCUUCUCGAUCGAACUCCUCCGCACCGUCGAGGCUCUCCACGCCAAACAGAUCAUGCACGGCGACAUCAAGGCCGACAACUGCCUACUCCGGCUCAGCCUCGACAGCAACGAUCCAGACCACCAACAACUCUCCUCCCAAUACCACGCCUCGGGCGCGGGCGGGUGGGCCGGACGCGGCGUGACCCUCAUCGACUUCGGGCGCGCCAUCGACGCGCGCGCAUUCACCCCGGACGUGCGCUUCGUGGCCGACUGGAAGACGACGGCGCAGGACUGCGCCGAGAUGCGCGAGGGCCGGCCCUGGACCUGGCAGAUCGACUACCACGGCCUCGCCGGCGCCCUGCACGUGCUGCUGUUCGGCAAGUACAUCGAGACGGUGCGGUGCGACGCCGGCGGGCUGGCCACCUCGGGCGCGGGCGGGCGCCGCUACCGCACCCGCGAGAGUCUGAAGCGCUACUGGCAGACGGAGAUCUGGGCGGAGUGUUUUGAUCUGUUGCUGAACCCGGG